CGCACGUGGUUUCACAGCUGAUUUCCUGUGGCAAUGUUUAUGUCAGUUUCCCGAAGCGAUCAGUGAACAUGAAACCCUAACGGAGAGGGUAAAACCCGGGCUCCGAGCUGAGAUGGCCGAGUCCAACGCAAUCCCAGUGCAAGACGAGAAUAACUGUCCCAUUAAAGUGGACCACGACCGCAAAAAGCGACAGUUCGAGGUCCGGUUGAACGGAUCACACGAGCGGGCAGUGCUCUUAUACGAGUACGUGGGAAAGAAAACAAUUGAUCUGCAGCACACAGAGGUUCCCGAUGCCUACAGAGGAAGAGGAAUAGCAAAACUAAUGGCGAAGGCUGCCUUGGACUUUGUGGUUGAGGAGGAUCUCCGAGCUCACCUCACCUGCUGGUACCUUCAGAAGUACAUCAAAGAGAACCCACUGCCACAUUAUGUGGAGCGAAUACAGCAGCGAGCGCCAACAGAUUUCCAACUUCACUAGGAUCUCUGGAGGCUCUGGCCACACCGAUCAUUGUUACAUACUUGAUUUUUCUUUUCCUUUUUCUUGUUUGUUUUGAGGGAGGCAGCGGCAGGGAAGUUCUAUUAAUUAUCUGCGUGCAGUUUUAAAUGCACGCCCGUAUUGCGGGUUGGGGAAGAGAGCAGAAAAUUUGUAAAUGUUUGAAGCUCAUGUAUUUCCUUUGCAGAAUGUUACCCCACCCCCACCUCCAGCACCUGAUGGACUCCUGACUUUGUAUACAUGGGAUUUCAUCCUCUCAGUGAGAUUGCUGAAGAAUGAAUCCCUUUCCAACUGACUCAGGACGUGUUUACAAGACAGGAUAUUACCCAGUUACAGAUUCAGCGCGAUGAAUUAGACAUAUCUUGUCCAGCAAAAAGCUAAAUGUUUCAUUUUGUAAUUCCUUUUAAUGUUUCUCUGUUCAGAAUCUAUGGCUUUGAGCAUAUGUAUUUCCCACAAGAUUCAUUUUCAUCCAUCUACCCACCUCAGUAUCAAGACUGAGUCCAUGUUAACAGGGUAGGCUGUCAGAGUAAGAGGAAACUGCCAAGAUUAUGGAACAGCAGGAGGAGACCUAAACAAAUCCACAAAUGAUGGAUAGGCAAUACUGGACUUGGAUCUUAAAUGCUUAUGGAUCUAGGAGGAGGGGAAGGUUGAGGGAGUUGAGGAAGAGAAAAAUUGGUUGGACGGCAUUGAAUGGGAAGCAGAUUGAUAGAGGUAUUGAGCUUAGAAGGACUGCCUUUUAAAAAUGCCUCAAAGGCAAAUUUCAGGCCUGCAGCAAGGCUAAGAAAGUGACUAAGUCUGUGAAAUAUAGCAAACUUCUGGGGAAAAAAACUCUACAAGGAGCACUAAUACAGUGUAAGGACCAAUCAGCUGCCUUCCCCAUACAGUGAAAUCAAAGAGUUGGCUUGCCCCAUUCCCACUUCUUGUCAUUCCUUGGCUUAAUAGAUUGGGAUCCAUUUCUAGUGUUGGCCACUCAGUGUUUGAGAAA